AUAAAAAAUGUACAUUUAUGCUAGGCUUACCGAAAUGGGAGUGUUUGUCGUUAGGGGAUGCUCCGUCAAGCACAGAACUGUCUGGUAGCGGGGUAAUCUGUAGUUUCAGAAAACAAAUAAAUAUUUCUAAAUCUACAAAUAUUUUUCUCUCCGUGCACUCACGUUUCAGCGAAACUGGCCGCUAUCCGGUAUUCGCUCGUCAUACGGGUUCGUUUCAACACGAAACGCGAGAAUUUUUGGGGCACGGAUAAAUUCGACACACUUUCUACCAUUGGCGCGCAAACUAUGGCAAUAAAACUCAUUCUAGUGUGUGAGUGUGUUAAGGUGUUGGCAUUAUGUGUUAGUGUGUGUGUUGUCCCUACUGUUAUUGUUUUUAUUUAUUUUGUUUUGGUUUUUCUUCCUUGUGUAUAUGUUCUUAAUCUCGUUCAAAAUCCCGGCAUAUGCAGCAUGCAGAUUAUCCGUGUCUGUCCGCUUGUUGACAGUAUGUUGUGUGUUUUUAAUGUGGCAACUCUCCAGGAUCGGUAGAUUGGCCCCCUUCAUUGACCGAUCUACAAUUCGUACGGAGUCGAUCCCGAACGAGUGGUCCAUAGCUGCUACGUGACUCGUCAACGCCGACUUCUCUUUUGCCCAGCUGAUCUCUGCGUCUGUGUUUGUGUAUCCCUUCGCUUUCAGUUCUUGUAGUUGUUUUACAUUUGAUUUGUGUCCAGACAUUCUUGUUUUCAGUUUUGUUGUUGUAAUCCCAAUAUAGCAGGCAUCACAAUCGUUGCAUGGUAUAGCGUACACAACGUUGGAUUGUUCUUGUAUUGGUGUUUUGUCUUUCACCAGUGGUAGAAGGGAAGCUACUGUUUUUGUGUUUUUGAUGGCUAUUUGUAUGUUUGGGUAUUCCUUGUGAAGUGUUUUUGUUAUUUUCUGGGUCGAAACGUCGGAUGAAGAGAACAUACAAGUGUUUUGAUUCCCCAAACAGACCGAAAGCCAAAACCUAACCUAAAAUUUAUUGAUACGGUCGAAUAAACAGCAGGAUCUUUGACCAUGGCUGGGUUCUUUAACUCGAUAGAUCGCGAUUACGGUAGCACGGUUAAGGCACAUUUCAAACAUUACGCAGACAUCAACAGAAAGCUUUGCAGCAUGACGACCCGGAAGGAGUUUUUGACCCGUUGCCGGAGAUUCGGAGUCUUUCCAGCCCACAUCCAAAACUCCUUCAAGUUUCUGUUCGAAUUACUCGAAGAUCGCAGCCCGUUUCUCAACAAACUGCAGAGGAGCGUCACAAGGUUUCAAAAAACAGUCCUGAACAUAGAAAUCCAGCACACGUACUACAAGAUAAGCCAACACAACACACAACUACAACACCUACGGACAACUAUCCAGCAAUCUGUACCUGAACCGGUGUGGAAAACGUUCACCGAACAGCAAUGCAAUUUCCACGAGCGCAACCUGGUAGAAAGACGACGCACGACGGAACGAAAACACCAGCAAUUGAUGACCAGAAGCAUCAUUGACUGCGGAGAGAGAACACCCACACUAAACUCAAAAGCUGUACUGAACGCCUCGCAGGUUCCGCUACCACCACAAGUGGAACUACUGUUGAGCUUGGGACCAAAAUUUGCGCUAGCACACAAAAACGUUUUCGAAGCUCCUCUCUACCACCUGAUCGCCGACGCCGAGGCAGUGGUACGAGCUAACAAGGACUCGGACCUACAAGAACGUGCUCGAUGCACGAUAGCAAACAACAUCCAAAACUACCUGAAUGCUAGCAAAAACAACAACCCCGACUUGCAACCAAAUAAGUUCUACACGGAAGCCGAACUCCAAACAAGAUCGUUUUUCAAACAACACCCCGAACUGCUCGCCCUUAAAGCUGACAAGGGAAACAGAACCGUCGUAUUAUCAAGGGAGGUGUACAACGAAAAAAUGAAACAGCUGUUAAACGACGACCGUACCUACGAGAAGGUGAAAAGAGAUCCAACAUCAAGGUUUGAGAAAGAAAACAACAACAUCGUAAAACGACUCAACGAUCUCAACCUCCUAAAACCGAAACAACCAGAACGACUACGAACAUAUACUGCAGUGUGCCCAAAGAUCUACGGCCAGCCGAAGGCCCACAAGGAGGGACUCCCAUUGAGGCCUGUUGUACCAUGUAUGACGUCACCAACCUAUGAGCUCUCGAAAUACAUUGGCAACGUAAUCCGGCAAUCGAUAGACAGCAAGUACAACAUUCGUAACUCGUUCGAGUUUUGUAGGUACGUAAACACACUCACACUACCAAACAGCCACAUACUGGUAUCGUUCGACGUCGUAGCGCUGUUCACGUCUAUACCACUAGAACUCGUCACGAAGAGCGUUAUCAAGCGAUGGAACAAGAUCAAAGAGCACACACCAAUUUGUUUGGACAUGUUCUGUGAGAUCGUAGAGUUUUGCGUCAACCGUAGCUAUUUUUCUUUCAACGGAGAAUACUACAUCCAAAAGUUUGGAACGGCUAUGGGCAAUCCGCUAUCAUCGCCGAUUGCUGACCUCGUAACCGAGGAGUUGAUUGAUCAUGCCCUCGAAGCUGUUAACUUUCCAAUCCCUCACAUCAAAAAGUAUGUUGACGACAUGUUUCUGUCACUCCCAGCUGAUAAAAUCGACUACGUGAAAGAAGUUUUCAACAGUCAGGACAACAACAUUCAGUUCACGGUCGAAGUUGAGCAAAACCGACGGCUCCCAUUCUUAGACAUGACUCUGGUUAGGCAAGAAGACCAAACUGUCCGCACAGAAUGGUACAUGAAGCCGAUCGCGUCGGGAAGGUUCCUCAACUACCACUCGCACCACCCCCCACACCACAAGUUGAACGUCGCGUUCAAUUUCGCAAAGCGGGUAAAGAUGUUGUCAACAAACUUGGAUCACAACACCGCUGCAAACAUCAUCCGCAAGCACCUGCUGAUCAACGACUACCCAAAGUCGUUAAUAAACCGCGUCAUUUCCAGAACACCACAAAAUCAGCUGUUUGAGGAGGUAAACAACAACACAGUGAUAGACAAUAGUGAGAACGAUACAGCUAUGGACGCAAGUACGAAUAACACACCAAUAUUCUACUCGCUCACCAAUAUUUAUGGUCUCACCCAGAAAAUAACAAAAACACUUCACAAGGAAUACCCAAACAUACAAAUAGCCAUCAAAAACACAAAAACAGUAGCUUCCCUCCUACCACUGGUGAAAGACAAAACACCAAUACAAGAACAAUCCAACGUUGUGUACGCUAUACCAUGCAACGAUUGUGAUGCCUGCUAUAUUGGGAUUACAACAACAAAACUGAAAACAAGAAUGUCUGGACACAAAUCAAAUGUAAAACAACUACAAGAACUGAAAGCGAAGGGAUACACAAACACAGACGCAGAGAUCAGCUGGGCAAAAGAGAAGUCGGCGUUGACGAGUCACGUAGCAGCUAUGGACCACUCGUUCGGGAUCGACUCCGUACGAAUUGUAGAUCGGUCAAUGAAGGGGGCCAAUCUACCGAUCCUGGAGAGUUGCCACAUUAAAAACACACAACAUACUGUCAACAAGCGGACAGACACGGAUAAUCUGCAUGCUGCAUAUGCCGGGAUUUUGAACGAGAUUAAGAACAUAUACACAAGGAAGAAAAACCAAAACAAAAUAAAUAAAAACAAUAACAGUAGGGACAACACACACACUAACACAUAAUGCCAACACCUUAACACACUCACACACUAGAAUGAGUUUUAUUGCCAUAGUUUGCGCGCCAAUGGUAGAAAGUGUGUCGAAUUUAUCCGUGCCCCAAAAAUUCUCGCGUUUCGUGUUGAAACGAACCCGUAUGACGAGCGAAUACCGGAUAGCGGCCAGUUUCGCUGAAACAUUACCCCGCUACCAGACAGUUCUGUGCUUGACGGAGCAUCCCCUAACGACAAACACUCCCAUUUCGGUAAGCCUAGCAUAAGUGUACAUUUUUUAUGUUUUUGUGCCUUACCCAAUAAAUCUACCCCUAGAUUCCUUGAAAAAGGCCCAAAACGGGUCGAAACGUCGGAUGAAGAGAACAUACAAGUGUUUUGAUUCCCCAAACAGACCGAAAGCCAAAACCUAACCUAAAAUUCUAAAAUAAUAAAAAAAAAACAAAAAAUCGUGAUUGAAUUUUACAAUGUUCAGAUACCAGAUUCAGAUAAAGGUAUUCGAAUUUCUGAUACUCGAAUCUUUGGAUAAUCGCGGUAUCGAAAAAUUUAAUAUUGACUGUUAUUAUUUCCAGCUGACAAAACCAAAAAAUCUCAAACUUCUUCAAAUCUUCAGUAAUAUAAAAAAAAUCUGUCAUAGGUCAUAGCCAUUGAAAACAGAGAACACUGUUGAAAGAAAUGUUUUUUUUUUUCGUAGUAAAUGGAAUCCAAACGAGCUAGAGAAGAUUUCGAGGAAAAGACAGCAUCAAAUAACACAGUUUGUAGAAACUGAAAAAAAAACCAUUGACAAAUUUACACCUAAAGGAAAAAUAUAUCUCAAAAUCUGCAACAUUGGAUUUGCUGCAGAAAAUGUCAUAUUUUAUAACAUUUUUUGCAGCAAGCCCGUAGAUCAUUUUUGCCCGCGUGUAAAAAUUUCAGCGAUCUACUGUUCUCACCAACACAUAUAAUGCUGGCCCGUCCUCGAGCAACACUCCAAAGAGAAGCAUAUGUUGGUGCUCUUUCACUCACUUUUCAUCAAGCGUCCAUGGCGCGGUGGUAGCGUGUCGGAUCAACAACCUAGAAGUUGGUGGUUCAAUCCUCGUUCUGCUAAGUGUUUUUUUUUUGUGAAAUACAACCAAAAAUCCGUCGGUAAUGUCGAUAAUUGUCGGUAACGGGCAAAAAUGUCAUACUCCUAUAUCGCAAAAAAUGCAUGAGGACAGAUUUCAUGCAGAUUCUGAUAUACUUUCAUGCCGCCAUGCAUCACAAUCAAGCGACUGCCAGUUGGGUGUACAAAUGGAGAUUGCAAAGAAUAUCAACCAGUAUUUUGUUCUAACACACUUGUUUAGAAUAAGUUGCCCGGAAAAUUGUAUAGUCAUGUAUAAAAAUAGAAAUGAUACAAAAUUGCUCUUCUCACAUAGGGAAUGCAUGGACUAGGUUUAUUCAUUCAAUUUAUAAAAGAAUAAAUAGAAUAGUUAAAAUAAUUUUAACAUAAAUUAUAUUUUUAAUUAACAAGUUUAUUCAAAGGCUCAUUUUCAAAGAAUUAAAUGAUCAGCAAUAUUUUUUUUUUAAAUUUGAUGAAAAAACUAAUCAAACCAGCAAAUUUAGCAAGAACACUGUUCACGAAGUAGAUCAUUUUCAUAGAUCCAGCCUUUAUCACACAAAAAGAUGGAAAAGAGAUGCCUCCACACACAGUGUCUCAAAAUAUGACAUCUGGUGCGUCUUUCGUGUUCGCUUCAUCAAACACACACACCCUCUCACACUUCCAAGCCAUUAGUCUGAUUAAAAAAGUGGAAUUCAUCCCGGUGAAGAGCCCACUCCAACACACAUGUGUGAGUUGUGUACCAUUCACGUUGUCGUCGUAUGUUUGCAUUAUAUUUCCGCUGCAAAAUUCUAUGGAGGAAGAGAAAAAAAAAGACUUGAAUGCAACACUCCUUGCAGAAAAAAAAGUUGCAUAAAAGAGCAAUCCUUUCAUUCCGAGCAGCCUGAACUGUGAGCGCCCAGGCGGAGUAUGUGUCAAUUGGAGACACACUGUGUUCAGAUUUGCCGGGACUCGAGAAUGUUUCCACUUCAUUUAUGGUGCUCCCUUAAGAGACGAAUGGUUCGGAUUUCUGUAUUUCCAUACGGUUUGUAUAGUUGGCACACGAGACGACGACUGCGAGCUUCAUUCAA